AGGAAAAAAACAAAUAUGAGCUCAUCUCCUCCCAAAUCGCCAUUGGAAGUUUGGUACCUCGUCGGCUCUUCCAGUCCCCGACUCCCUCCUCCCUCCUCCCUCUCCCACACACACGGCCGGAACACCUCCUCUGAAGCCCCCGGAGUCCGCGGCGGCCUAGGCUCUAUGGGCGUCCCCUCGGCCGCGGGGAGCUGGGACGCCGAGGACGACUUCCUUCUCAAGAACGCCGUCGAGGCUGGUUCGUCGUUGGAAUCCUUGGCUAAAGGGGCUAUAUGCUUUUCCCGCAAAUUCACUCUACAAGAAUUGCAAGAUCGUUGGUGCUCGUUGCUCUAUGAUUCAGAGACCUCAGCACAAGCAUCUGCUCGCAUAGUCGAGUUUGAGACUGUGCUUUCAACCUCCAGUCCCGGCAAAACAAUUAAACGUUUCAACUCAAAGGGAAAAGUUUAUUCAGGACGGAAGCGAAAAAUAGAUAGUGUAAAGUAUCAGUAUUAUUCAAGGAGAAAGAGAGUUUGCCAUGAACCAUGUUUGUCUACAGCUUUUCGUUAUGAUGUUCCACCCUGUUCAUGUACUCCUGAUGGCAGUGGUUGUGUAUGUGGUGGCUUACUUAAACCUUUGGAAGGCCAUCACUUGGCUCAUACCCUUGAUCCUGCAGCAUUGUUGGUAGAUAAUUAUGGACACAUUGAUGACGGCUAUGGCGGAGGACAAAACGUGCACCACAAAGAUAAUCAAAAUUAUUUAUUCCAUGCGAAUCAUGCUAAUGCUGCUGGGAGCAUAUUAAAAGAUGGAACCGUCAAUGAUGAUAUCCUCCAUGGAUGCUCUGAUGUAGGUCAGCCGUAUAAAUGUGGCGAUGUACAAAAGAAUCCUCAGUCAAGUGAAAGGAAUAUUGCCCCUCUAAAAGACCUCCCUGAUCUACAGGAUUAUGUAAACCCUCAGCAACCACUUCUUGGUGUUCAGUAUGGAAAUGGAGUGACAGGAUCGGAGAUUCUUCUGGAUGCUGAUCGAAAUGGAGUGAAACAGAAUCAAUUUUCGGAGAGUAGCCAGCAGUUGUGUUCAGGGAUACCUAUGAUACAUGCCUGGAGUAAGUCUGAGGAUGUUAAGUCGGCUGACAUGCUGGUCGAUAUGCAUAAAAAUGAAGAACACAUUACCUUUUUUUGUGACAAGAAAAUGGAAACAUUUAGCAGUGACACAUUUGCAUCUCUGGUGAAUGGCAUAUCUGAUUCUGGUUUAGACAAUGCAUCAUUAUCAGAGAAUGAAUCCAUGCAUGCCUGUUCAAUGAAUUGCAGUCAGAGCAAAGACUCUGAGCUCCUCAAUGGCAAGAAUAUUUCAGGUUCUGCCCUUGAUACAGCUCAGGACGAUUUCAGUGAUUUUAGUGCUAAAGUUGUUAUGGAGGACAUCUCUAGAGUGCACCUGCUAGGCCUCUCGGAUUCACAUUCAAGCAACACAUGCGAUAGUCACAUAUAUCCAAUCCAUAAGAAUCAUUAUACGAGAGAUGUUUAUGGAACCGACAUGGUGGCUAUAUCGUCAGAAGUACCUUUUUCUGGUUGCAGUAUUCAGUGCAGGAUGAACACAGAAGAUUCUGAAAUUCCUUGCAACGAUGAUGCCCUUAUGCAUGGUCAGCCUCCUAUAGAGUGCACCUCUACUUCUGACAAGAAUCUUCACCACAUUACGUGUUUAGUUUCCAUGGAACCUAGCCCUCCAGAAAAUGCUGGUGAUUCUAAUCACUUCGACUCGGUUGAAGAUGUCCAACCUUCGUUGGCAGCAAUGAAGAUGAAACCAUCCACCUUUGUAGAAAGGGAAAAUAGGAUGGCUUUAAAUGAAGCAUGCAAUUUAGGAAAUCAAGUGUCCGAUGAAAUAAACUGCAAGUUUCUUGCUGAUAAGCCAAACAUAAGCUGUGAGGCUGCUAUUCGAAACUGUAUGUCAUCACAUGGAUUGCCAGAUAUGGAAUUUCAUAAUCCCAUUGCAAGCAUGUCCAGUUCAGAUCAAGCAGAAGGAGGAUCUGACAAUGAGAACUAUGUUCCAAACUAUUUUGACAUAGAAGCUUUGAUCCUUAAUCAAGAUCUAAUUCCAUGGGAUCAAGAAUCUGAUUUCAUCCAACCUGAAGUUUCAAGGUUUCAGCACCUUAAAAGCAGGAAGGACUUGAUAAGACUAGAGCAAGGUGCUCGUUCUUAUAUGAACAGGUCUAUUAUGUCCCAGGGUGCUUUUGCAAUUAUUUAUGGCAGAUAUCUGAAGUACUACAUUAAGGAUCCUGAGGUAACUCUUGGGAGAGAAACGGAAGAGGUACAUGUUGACAUUGAUCUGGCAAAAGAAGGGAAUGCAAAUAAAAUAUCUCGUCGACAGGCAGUUAUCAAGAUGGACGAAGUUGGAUCCUUCCAUAUAAAAAAUAUUGGAAAAUAUCCAAUCUUCGUUAACGGCAAAGAAGUACCACGUAACAAACGUAUUAACUUAAUUUCUGAUGCAUUACUUGAGAUAAGGGGCAUGAAUUUCAUUUUUCACGUCAAUCCAGAAGCUGUCAGGCAACACAUCAUUCACACUAGGAGAAGCGGAGUUUGAUUGGGAUCAAAACCCGUGACUAAAAGGACUUUUAAGGUUAUGAACAUGCUCAUCUAUGAAGGACGAUCACUGAUAUAUACGGAGUACUACCCUUCCAGAUAGUCAUCUGACUUGGUUUCAUCCUUGACAUGUAAUUUUAUGUACAUUCCUCGCCCCUUCUAACAUAAUAGGAUGAACUCUCGUUUUUCAGAUGUGGAGUACAGUAUAGUACCACAGUUUCCUAUACUGUAUAUAUACAGGCACUUCUCUUCUCAGUGAA